UACGCUGUAGCCGAGUCAACUUGCGGAUGAGACGCAACAGGCCGUGCUGGGCUUAUAUUUCCUUCCUACUUGUGAAUGAUGCCAAAGAAAGUGAAGCCCAGAGUGGAUGAGAACGAAGAAGAGUCCGUUCCUUGCAAGAAGGUUAAGGAGGAGCCUGCUACACCUUCUGUAUUAAACUUUGACAGCCCCAGUAGUUUCUUUGAAAGUUUAAUCUCACCCAUCAAAGUAGAGACUUUUUUCAAGGAAUUCUGGGAGCAAAAGCCCCUUCUCAUUCAGAGGGAUGACCCUUCACUGGCUGCGUAUUACCAGUCUCUGUUCAGCCUCUCAGACCUGAAGAGUCUCUGCAACCAAGGGCUAUACUAUGGAAGAGAUUUGAAUGUCUGCCGGUGCAUCGGUGGGAAGAAGAAGGUUUUAAAUAAGGGUGGAAAAGCACAGUUUCUUCAGCUAAGAAAAGAUUUUGAUCAGAAGAGGGCAACAAUUCAGUUUCACCAGCCACAGAGAUUUAAGGAUGAGCUCUGGAGGAUCCAGGAGAAGCUGGAAUGUUACUUUGGCUCCUUAGUAGGCUCGAAUGUGUACAUGACUCCUGCAGGAUCUCAGGGCCUCCCUCCACAUUACGACGAUGUUGAGGUUUUUAUCCUGCAGCUGGAGGGAAAGAAACACUGGCGCCUGUACUCCCCAACUGUGCCUCUGGCACACGAGUACUGUGUGGAGCCUGAGGACCGCAUUGGGACACCAACACAUGACUUCCUGCUGAAGCCUGGUGAUUUGCUGUAUUUCCCCAGAGGGACCAUUCAUCAGGCAGAAACUCCUUCAGGCCUGGCCCACUCUAUUCACCUGACUAUUAGCACCUACCAGAACAAUUCAUGGGGAGAUUGCCUUUUGGAUUCCAUUUCGGGGCUUGUCUUUGACAUUGCAAAGGAAGAUAUUGCAUUAAGGACUGGAAUGCCCCGGCAGAUGCUCAUGAGUGUGGAAACCCCAGCUGAUGUAACAAGGAAGUUGAGUGGCUUUCUGAGGACCCUUGCAGACCAGCUCGAGGGCAGAAAAGAACUGCUGUCAUCAGAUAUGAAGAAGGACUUUGUCAUGCACAGACUCCCUCCUUUCUAUUUGGGAAAUGGAACAGAGACUAUGGACCCAGGUGAAAAGUUGCCAAGGUUGAACAGCAUAGUAAGACUGCAGUUUAAAGAUCACAUUGUCCUCACAGUAGGGCCAGAUCAGAAUCAAUCUGAUGAAGCUCAACAAAAGAUGGUUUACGUCUAUCAUUCUCUAAAGAAUGUGAGACAGACGCACAUGAUGGGAAAAGAGGCGGAAACAGAGAUUUACGGACUUCGCUUUCCUUUAUCCCAUGUGGAUGCUCUGAAGCAAAUCUGGUGUGGGUCACCAAUUCGUGUUAAGGACCUGAAACUUCACACAGAUGAAGAAAAGGAGAACCUGGCACUGUCUCUCUGGACAGAGUCUUUAAUCCAAGUACUCUAGUAUCUUUAUGCAGAGAAUUAUUUGCUAUUUUCUCUACACAUAAGGGACUUGGUGUUCUGAUUAGUACUCAGGAUGAAGGUGUGGUUACAUAGAAGAGCGGAGAACAGAAGGUGGUUCAUGCCUUCAUGGACACGAGAGGGAAAACAAGAAAUUACUAAGCAUCCCAGGCUGUGAGAAAACGAUAUUUUGGACAAGUUUAUUUAAUCCAGUGCUGUAGAAAAGGCACAAUUCCAGUAUAUAUGUCAUAUAGAAUUAUGUCAUAACCUGGCGUGUCUUGGUUCUUUGGAAGAAAUAACUCCUUUAAAGAGCAUCCUUGGCUCCAAAAAUACUUUUUAACAAUUAAAAUUUAGGAAUAAAGUUGGUUUUUUUACAAUGAAAAUAUACAUACUUUUGAGCAUACAUGACCCCUUUCCCCAUUAAAAUAAACAUGUUUCACGUAACACUGCCACACCCAAAAGAGGUACCCAGCAUCUGUGAACAUGCAGAGCUCUCAGAUGCUGCUUGGAAGAUGACAGAAGAGCCAGAGAUUGAAAAAACAAAUCAGAGGCCAGUAUAUACAUGGAAAGACCAAGUGUAUAAAAAAAUAAGUAUCCACUGUUAUUUUACAUUCUAAAGUGCAUACAAGUUGGUAGUUUUAAAAAUAUUGCUGGAAAAUUUCUGUAAAAAUAAGUAUUUUUUUUCUUUCUGGCCAAAAUUGGGGCUGAAAGCAGUGGCUGUCUGAGUUAAAGUCCAUCUCAGGAAGGAGAAGGCUGUUGACUUGUAUGUAGUGCCUCUAGACCUGGUUUUGCCUAGCUGUAAUUUAAAAUGGGAGUAAAACUUAGUUGUCUGUCACCAAGUAGACAAAGUUGUGGUGAGUAGAAGCCCUGUUUGCUUCAUCUGAACUUGCGUGUAGUGCUUUAACUCCAGGGACACGUUGGACUCUUAGACAUAAGUGACUCAGUCUUGAUACUACUAUCCUUCCUUCAGGUGACCAAAAUGUAAAGUUAGCACGCCCAAGAGUAUUGUCACCCCAGGUCAUGCAGGUGGGCACUCUGAGGAUGUUUGUACAUUUGUAGUUAGAAAAGCAGUAAAGAUCGGCCGUGCCACAGAAAGUACUUUAAGUACUAGUGCCUUUUGCCUCAAGAAGCCAGGGUCCCUCCUUGGGGUCAGGUAAUUAAAGAGUAUAAAUACUUACGGGUGUUUCAGUUACAAAGUUUCUGUAUAGAAACUAAGGUUUGUUUAAUACAGCAGCAGCUUAAUACAAGAGCUUUUUUAAAAUAAGUCGUCAGAUGGUGCUAAAAAUUACUUAUCUUCCUGCAGUAGUAUGACAACUUGUAGGAAUUUGUUUUCCUAUGCCUCAUUCACACAAGCAUGGAGCAGGACACUAGUAUACUAACUAAUGCAUGUAACAGCAUUGUCCAGAUAACUUAGCGCCAUCAAGAACAGAAUUCAUGGUUAGUGCUUAGGAGAGAAAAGACAGAUUUCAGGAAAUUGGUCACUACAACUAGAUCCAUCAGGAAAAGAAAUAAUUACAUUUUCUUCACAAGGACACUCCGGUGAGAGUAUUUUAGCUUUUCCAUGGAGCAGUAGUUUGACCGCUUGGGAGAAAGUUCUUUCUGUGUGCAGUGCAGUAGUGUGAACACAGCAGCUUCCUUCCCGUGCACACGGGCAGGAGUGGGUGGAGGUGCCUUUGUGAUUCUCUCACAAGAUUUCAAUGUCCCAUUUCUGUGUUUCUUCUCCCUCCAGGGGCUGAUUUACAAUGACAUGAGUCUUGUCAUAAUAGUUUCCUCCUAAAAUAGAAAUGUCAGAAGAAAAGAUUUGUUCACAGGAGUAUUGGCAAUUGCACAAUUUCACACCCUUUUUGUUCAGCACACUAUUUAAGUAGAUUAAUAUAUUAUUUGAAAGUUUGAAAUGGGAAACUGGGUUUGAACCACGAAGCCAGUAUUCACCUCAAAUUGGACCCACUUGUCAAACUGAAAAACUAAAAACAAAAAUAUGUGUUUAUAGAUGCAUAGUGCCCAUAGAAACAUGCCAUACAGAAACAGUUUCCCUAGUAAACUCUAGGUGAGUGCCAGGUACUGUUUUGUUUCUUCAGCAACAGCCAUAGUAAAUAAUACUGGCUCUGACCUUGAAACAUUAAAGAACAAGAGUAAUUGUUCCUGCUGUAAAUCUUAACUGAGAGCUUUUUAAGGAUUACAGCAAUUCAGUACAGGAUAUGUUUCUGGAAAAGAAACAGGGGACAUCUUUAUUUUGUAGAUUCUGGUGCUUCAAAUUUAGAAUUGCAACAGUUCAUCAAAAUUAAGGUUGCAAGUGAAAUUUUUAUUAUUCUAAUGAUAGAAAAGCUAUUUAGAUUUUAUUGGGGUUUUUCUUGGUUCCUGGCUGUAUGACCCUUAGAGUUCAUUUAAAAGAAAAACAAAACAAAACUUUUUCUCCCAAAUGUAAGUGAAAAUGACUUUAUUCCUCUUAAAUGAAUGUUUAUCUUUUUCUAUGUGCACUGAUGUGAGGGUGGCAGAUCCCUGGUCUUAGAGUUACAGACAGUUGUGUGCUGCCAUGUGUUGAGUAGGAAUUGAACUCUUCCUCUAGAAGAGCAGCCAGUGCUCUUUACCACUGAGCUACCUCCACAGUUAACUAAAAGAGUUCCUUACUUGGAAGGAGGGGUUGAAACUUACACUGGCAUUCAAAGGCACACAACACUGGUUAUUAUCAAAGGCCCACCUUUAACAUCCAGGACAAGUUCAUCACUGAGAUAAGAGCUGAUGGUUCCAUUUCUGUUCAUUCUCCACUUCUGCCUGAACUGCCCAUGUUCAGUCCACAAGGCUACCUUGGCUCCAGGAGUGUCCCGGCCUCCAAUCACAUCAAGACAUGUGUCACUGGCCUAUACAAUAGUCAGGAAAUAGAAUGACUCUACUGCUUUUGCCAAUAUAAUUGUAGUAGCUAUUCUUAACUGAAAAAAAUAAUUUCCAUUUAUCUUUAAAAGUCUUUAUGGCUGAUGAGGAAGAAUAGGUAACAAAACUGAAAUACAAACACUUGUUUUUAAAAGGCUCUGCCUCUGACACAAGGUCUUCAGUAAAGAUAUGCUGAACUGGAAUAUUAAGUCCCUGUUAGCUUAAAUAUAUGAUGCUUGGUUUUCUACUUUAAAUGACAAAACACUGUACCAAAGAUAACCAGGUACUAAUUUUAAAUGCUUUUUGUUUUGAAGCAUAAAGAGUAGAUAGGUCAUUGGUGAUACAAAUCAAAACAUAAUAGUGUUUUUCUGAGGUAGUGUUCUGUUCCCCAGAGCAGCAAAUAUGGUAAGGGGGAAAGCUUAUAUUUCAUUUUCUUAAGCAUCGUUCAUGACAGUUUUCUUCUACUAUGGCUCUACUGUAUAUUCAAAAAGGAAAGGGUUUUAACAUGUUUGGAAUCACAAGAGAGAACUAAUCUUAUCUGGCUGUCAAAUAAGGAACCCUUCUCCCACAAGCAUGUUGCCUGAUUUGGCUCCAAUGGAGGGAAUCAUUUAGGUUACGUGUUAAUCUUGCUUCUUAAACUGAAUCUGUACUUUCUAGAUUUAAACAAAAGUUAAGUCCAUUUUUAUGAUUAUACACUGAACUGCUUCUAGGAAGCCAACAUUGUUUUCAGCAUGCCAGCUGAUCUGGUAGUAUUGUAGUUACUGUGCAAAUGUGAACAUCAGAAAAAGCAUGAUCUUUUACCUUGGAUUUAAAGAGUCCUCGGCAGUAGUGCCAGAUCUGAGUGUCCUUCCCACUGUAGGGAGAGAUGCAUACAGACAUUGUCCGUGCAUCUGCUGGGUUCCCAGUGACUGUCAAAUAUUCAUCCUGGGCUCUGUUCCUUAUUCUGAUGUAUACUGCAGGCUACAUAAAGAGAAAAGUCAUUGAGGAGUGGGGACCUUAAACUUCCUUAUUGGAAAAGUAAUCUGUCCAAAGCAGGAAAGUGGAAAGGUACUAACUUUAAUAAAUAUGUUUGACUCAA